AGUGCGCGUACCCACGCUGGUGAUGGCGCCUUUCUUUCAUACGAUAGACCAGACAGAAGAACGUGGAGGAACCGCUCGACACACACUUGGCGGAUAGAUACCACGAGUGUAUAGGUGAACGGAGCAUUCAGUAGAGACAGGAUAAUAACGCGGGGUCUGUGGCUAUUAUCUCUGGCUCCAAGGAGUAGGGCGCGGUUCUGCAGAAACAGGCGAAUCAGCACGCUAGUGUAUCGGACGCUCUAAAGCUAUUUUUACAUUAGCUAGCCUCUUCGUCGUCGGGGAUUAUCGGAGUUCAUGUUUCGUAUGGACAUAAUGCUGUCGGAUCAGGAGACUAGUUCGAGAUGCCGAAUGAUAAGCCGAAGAAUGUCGUGACUGAUAUAAAUAGGGACGACGAUGGCCAGUCCCAGAUCAUUUCCUGUGUAGGAACAUUAUAUACAUAUAUAACCUGCUGGUUCACCGCAUCCUUAACCCUUGUGCGAGCAUAGGGAACUCUUGUGAAGAGAUUUGCUAUAUAACGCGUCCGCACUCGACACGUCUCCUUAUACAGCCGACGACGAUCCACCUGUCAUUUUUCCGCUCGUCUCUCUCAACGCGACGUCGACCAAGAUGGUCUUUGUCUAUUCCGUCACACAGGCGCCUCGCCAGGUCAGCAACGCCCACAUGACGACAUCACCGCAACUGAGCCCGCCGAAAGCCAACUUCUCCGUAGCGUAUCCGGCGCCGGCUCUCCACCUAUCGAAACCGCAGUCGUUCGGCGUGCUCGACAGCGAGGACUACGUGAUGCAGAUGCUGGAGAUCGCCCGAGACAGCAACGAGGCCUACGGCUUCCCCGAGGUCAAGCUCACGCUCGAGAGGGCGAUCGGCCAGAUCUGGGGCCGGAUAGCAUCGAUGCCGAACUCGUACGUCAUGUCGCCGACCGAGUUCGCCGUAUUCAACUUUUUCCAGCACCGGUUCGUCGGCGACCAGAUAGCCGCAGCUGCGAGGGCGAGAUACUGGGAUUACAGGGAAAUGCCGGCCUAGAACCGUAGAAACAAAAGAUGGGACCGAAGAACAGAAGGAAAAGGGAGGGCGAGGAGGACUCCUUUUCUCUCCACGGAGCGGCUCGAGCCUCGCCUGGCGCGCGGAAUCGAGACGCGACGGAGCCAACGACCGCCUUUAGGCAUAUUUCCCGUUAACAGCUCUCCUCUCACUGCGCUUAUCUGCAUACGGCGACGCGUUAUACCAGUCCUACGCCAACACGUAACAGCACAUAUCCCUGUCAUACCUACCGUUUAUACCCAUAUAUAUCUACAUGUACACAUAGGUACAAUUUACCCUAGGUACCUCGUGUACCCACCUUAAUGAUAAAACAAUACCAUACCCGCAUGCACAUACAUAUAUACAUAGGUACCUAGUUAUACUUUGCCGUUUAAAUAUCGUUUAAUUGCC